AUGAGCUUUGCAGAUGCGUUUCAAACGUAUAUCAACAACCCCGAAAUAUGCAAGAAAAUUACUCUUUAUAACGAUGACACGGUAAUAAUCAUCAAGGACAUGUUCCCCAAGUCGUUACGGCACUAUUUAGUGAUUCCCAAGUCCCCGGCAGUCACUCACGCGCAUCCGCUUAAAGUGUUUAAUGAUAACGUGAAGUUAUACGAUAUCCUCGAAGAUUACGUGCAAUUGACCAAACAGUACAUUACUGACGACUUAGUAAAGUUUGGACUACUUGAAGAUGAUCCAGAAACGAUCAAACAAUUUAAACAAACGUUUAUCCAGUGUGGAGUACACUCGAUCCCAUCACUCAAUAAUCUCCAUAUCCACGUGAUGACCAGGGACUUCAAUUCCCCUCGUCUAAAGCACAAGAAGCACUUCAACUCGUUUAAUACUCGAUUUUUUGUGGAUUUUGAGGACUUGAAUCCAAUUGGCGAAAAUAACAAUACUGAAUAUUCCGACUCCAACUCAGAAAACUUACCUGACACUGAAUAUUCCAGUGGAAGUGACGAUUCUCGCACCGAAAUCUCCAACUACAAGUUUGAAAUGAACCCCAAGAAGCUCCAUGACUUAGUAAAAAGUACACCGCUAAAGUGUUGUUACUGUGGGCAAUCUUUUGGUAACAGUUUCAGCCAACUCAAAAAGCAUUUGACGGUGGAGUUCGCCAAGAAGUUUGACACUAGCAAAGAUAUUACUUGCAAUGGAAUGACAUAA